AUGGACUCCAACUCGACGUGGGCUCCCGAAUCGCCAGACUUGUCGACGAGUCACUACUCCAACGACGACGAGCCCGUCCACCCGCAGCACCAGGGCUACCGCGGCUCCAUCUCGCACUCGCUGCCCUACUCGCCGCCCACGUCCAGCCCGACCCUCCAGGCCAAGGCUCUGCCGUUGGCUGACACGUCCCCCAUGCCGCGGGGUGUGCGCAAGGAGGAGAGCAUGCAGGAUGCAGAUUACGUGCCUGACGCGGACGCGCCCGUGACCGCCGUGGAGACGCCGCGGGGCAAGGGUGUCAAGAGGGAGGACAAUGGCACGCCAGGCGCGCCCGCAGAUGUCAACAUUACGGUGCACUUCCCCGUUGCGAGGAUAAAGCGCAUCAUGCAGGCCGACGACGACGUGGGCAAGGUCGCCCAGGUGACACCUGUUGUUGUCUCAAAAGCACUCGAGCUCUUCAUGGUCUCACUCGUCACCAAAUCCGCCGCCGAAGCCAAGGCGCGCAACUCCAAGCGCGUCGGCGCCGCCCACCUCAAGCAAGCCAUUGCGAACGACCCACAGUUCGACUUCCUCAGCGACAUUGUCGCGAAAGUUGCCGACGCGCCGGCAGCUGCAGAGAAGAGUGAGGAUGCCAUGGAUGUGGACAGUGGGAAGAAGAAAAAGGCGUCUAGCAGGCGCAAGAAGAAGAGUGACGAUGAUGACUUUUGA